AUGAAAGACUUCUUUUCGAUUGACAGCUUGGGAGUCAUAAGUCCGACAAAGCCACUUUUAUCAGCUGAAGAUGGGCGAGCAGAGACACUGCUGAAAUCUCUCACACACUUCUCAGGUGACCGCUACGAGACCGGUUUACUGUGGCGCUAUGACAACGUCCAUCUGCCCGAUAGCCGAACAAUGGCCCUGCGCCGUCACCGAUGCCUGGAGAAACGCAUGGAGAAUGAUCCUCAGCUCGCGGAAGUAUUGCAUCAGAAGAUAGUCGAUUACACCGAAAAAAUAACCAACCCGAAUAAGUCCGGGAAAGUCCGAAUAGUAUGGGAUGCAGCUGCAAAGGCCCAUGGGAUUUCCCUGAAUUCAGUUCUCUUGAAAGGGCCCGAUUUGCUACGUUCGCUGCUGAAUAUUCUGCUACGAUUCCGACUACAUCCGGUGGCGGUGACUGGAGAUAUUCGCGAGAUGUUCCACCAGGUGAAAAUCCCCCAAGAGGACCAGCAAUACCAGUGCUUCUACUGGACGGGCAAGAAUAGAGAGCUUGAGGUUUAUGCCAUGACCGUGAUGACGUUCGGGGCGUGCUGCUCUCCUAGCAGUGCACAAUUCGCAAAAAAUAUCAACGCGGAGCGGUUCAAGAGUAAAUAUCCAGCGGCGUGUGAAGCGAUCACUGACUCGCAUUAUGUCGAUGACAUGCUGCUUAGCGUAGCCACGGAGGAAGAAGCUAUUCAGGUAGCCAAAGACGUUCGCCACGUACAUGCACAAGGGUGCUUCGAAAUCCGCAACUGGAUCAGCAAUUCAAGGAAUGUCGUAGAGGCGCUGCAAGAAGAGAACGUGGAUGAGGAGAAGAGUCUGGACCUGACAACGGAAUUGGCCACCGAGAAGGUCUUAGGCAUGUGGUGGAAUACGGCAGCUGAUGCUUUCACCUACAAAAUCGGAUGGAAUCGCUACGAGGCCGAACUACUCAAGGGCAACCGUCAUCCCACGAAGCGGGAAGUACUGCGUGUUCUCAUGACCAUAUUCGACCCGCUCGGGCUCAUCGCUCACUUCCUUGCCGAUUUGAAGUUCUUGCUACAGAACAUCUGGCGAUCUAGUGUCACCUGGGACGAAGAAAUCGGGGACGAGGAGUACGAUAAGUGGAAGAUUUGGCUGAGCGCCUUGCCGCAGGUUGAAAAACUCCAAAUACCUAGAUGCUUCUGGCCUGACUACUCCAUCAACCAAGUCGACGAAGUGCAGCUCCAUUCGUUCGUAGAUGCUGGCAAGAAUGGAAUGGCCGCCGUGUGCUAUCUACGGUUCAGGAAGAACGAAUUGACAUCGAUCCCUCGACUGGAAUUACAAGCGGCGAUAAUUGAAACACGACUUUCUAAAACCGUGUGUGAUACGCUGUCGAUCCGCAAUGUGAAGAAGUUCUACUGGUCAGACUCCCGAGAUGUCCUAUGCUGGAUAAACUCCGAUCACCGACGCCACAGCCAGUUCGUUGGAUUCCACGUCACCGAGAUUCUCGAAUCCACCGAAGCUCACGAAUGGCGAUAUGUACCUAGCAAGCUGAACGUAGCCGACGACGGUACCAAAUGGAAAGAAAGUUCCGAUCUGUCCGCAGGAAACAGAUGGUUCCGAGGUCCUAGCUUUCUCAAAGAAAAUGAGGAAGCUUGGCCGCAAUCUUCUACCCGCGGCAAACCAACAGACACCGAACUGCUGCAAAAUCUGCAAGUUAACUACACUCCUCCAGAACCAGUCAUUCGUGUACAAAACUUUUCAAGCUGGAAGAGACUGCAACGCGUUUUGGCGCUGGUGCAACGGUUCAUAAAGAAUUGUCGCCUGAAGACGGAACAGAAGCCUAUCGAAGUAGGACCUCUGAACGCAGCCGAACUCCGUACAGUCGAAGCGCAUCUAAUCCGUAUAGCGCAGCAGGAAGGCUUCCCGGAAGAACUAUGUACUCUACGAAACGCAGCUCAACAUCCGGAGGAAACUACGAAGCCUCUUCCCAAAUCCAGUUCGCUGUACAAGCUACUUCCAUGGAUCGACGCCCGUGGCAUAAUGCGUAUGAAGACCCGUAUCGCAGCGUGCCAGUAUGCCACCGACGACGCGAAGAAUCCCAUCAUCCUUCCAAGAUAUCACCACAUUACCACACUAAUAAUUCACCACUACCACAACCGAUACCAUCACCAAAAUCACGAGACAGUGAUAAACGAAAUACGCCAAAAGUAUCAAAUCUCGCGCUUACGUUCAUGCUACAGUCAAGUUCGCCGUGAUUGUCAACGGUGCAAGAAUGAUCAUUCAGUACCAAACACUCCGAUUAUGGCUAACCUACCACCCGGUCGCCUAGCAGCGUUUUGUCUACCGUUUACUCACGUGGGCAUCGACUACUUUGGGCCCAUUGAAGUUGCUGUAGGAAGAAGGCGUGAGAAGCGCUGGGGAAUGUUUGCAACGUGCUUGACCGUUCGUGCAGUACAUAUCGAGCUUGUCAAUUCCCUUAGCACCGAUUCUUGUAUAAUGGCUAUCCGUAACUUCAUCGCUCGUCGUGGUCAACCCCGGAAGAUCUACAGCGACCGUGGCACCAACUUCGUCGGCGCCAAUGUAGAGUUGAAGAAGCUAUUGACAAUUAUCAAUCAUGAUGCCAUGAUGAGGGAGUUCACGACCACAGAGACCGAGUGGGUAUUUAACCCACCGUUGGCACCACACAUGGGCGGUAGUUGGGAGCGGCUCAUACGAACCAUCAAAGUAGAUGACGAUUCUGGUCCAGCGCUAACUCCAAAUCAUUUUCUGGUUGGCUCAUCCAAUGGCUCGAAACCUUUAAUCAGCAUCGACGACACCGGCAUCGCCCUCAGGCAGAACAUGUGUACUUCGCAAAUUCUGGCGAACUGCUACUGGAAACGCUGGCGAACAGACUAUCUUCCGGAGAUUACCCGCCGGUCUAAGUGGUUCCAGUCUGUCAAACCCAUCGAGACCGGAGAUAUUGUAGUGAUUGUUGACUCGAAGUUACCGCGCAACUGUUGGCCAAAAGGUAGAGUCAUCGCUACGACUACUAGCCGAGACGGGCAAACGCGAUCAGCCACAGUGCAGACAUCCGUCGGAGUAUACGAGCGCCCCGUUGUGAAGCUGGCGGUCCUAGACGUUCAACGCGUGGAGCAGUAA